UACAUGGUAAAGCAACUAAGCCCUUAUUAGGGGGAAAUAACGUCUAGAAGAAUCGUGUUCAAUGCACAGUUUAAACACUUUUUCUGACGAAGUUUUACCAUAUUUAUCGUCGAAAAUCCCAAAUUAUCUCUGUGUAUGAAAAAUUGUCUUAUUGAAUAUAUUUUUUGUUUCUUUAAAUUUGCUCGAAGGUUGGAGGGAUAACUUUUAUUCUGUGUGGGAAAAACUUCUUAUCUUUGUAUUGAGAAUAUAAUUUUUUAACAAACGUGGUUCUUAAGAAAUCACAGAUGGACUUUUUGAUAUCCUCGAGUGAAGACAAAAGAAAAAAAAAGAAAAAUUUUGUAUGGAAAAACUUAGAACAUGUUUUACGGGGGUCAGUUGAACAAACGUUUUUAUUAUUCCGAUUGACAGAGCAUAAUAACAAUUAAUUAUGUUGUAGUAUGGUUUCUAUAACAUAAUCCUAUUAAACAUUUAAUUGAAGCCAGUCGCGUAAAACGACACUCCUCCGUAGAGCCAAAGUAGUUCUGACAUUAAAGUGACUGUUGUUGUUAUUAUUCUAACAAGACUACAGUAGGGAGGGUUGUUUCUUGAGUGACGUUAUGUCAUACUACCAUUGUUUGGCUCUUCGUAAUGUGAUAUAAAAAGACGUUUAGGUUUAUUGAAGAGAUAAAGUAGAACAAGGGUUGAGUUACACUUAAAAGCAAAUCUAGAAACAUUCGAGAAAAAAAAAAAAUUGGGGGCAAAGCCUAGGUUUUAUCUCGUCACAUUUUUUCUCGUGAUGGACGAAUGUAAGCAGUUGUGUAUUGCCUGUAACAAAAUGCAAUCGUCGUUUUUGUACAGUUGCGAUUGUGGUCAUGUCAUGAAGGAGUCAGUAACACUAGAAAAAGAGCGCUCUAGAAAACGAAGGGCACCAUAUCGACCAAAUUCAAUAAGUUCAGAAUGGAUCGGUGUGAACCAAUUGAAUGCAAAUUCUAUUGAACAGCAUAAAAAGUGUCCUUCGAUGAAACAUCCGCAAAUUAUCCUCCAACCAAUACAAAACAUAACAAAACAGAAAAAAAGUUAUAAGAAAGAAACAAAGUUUUCAAUGAAAGGAAAAAAAAGAUAUGCCAGAAACACUAAGCACAAGAAGAACCAAUCAAAAGAGUUGCUGCAAAUCAAUGAAAGUUCAUAUCAAAAUAUAUACUUUAAUCGCUGCAAAAGCUAUCGCAAGGCGAAAAUAUCUGAUUUGGAUUUUGAAUUUGAUUUCUCUACAUUUGACAGUCAUUCACCGUUUUAUCCAACAGCUCUUGAGGACAUUAAUACCAAAAUAAACCGCACAAACACCUUUUAUAGACUGAUCAGUGAAUAGCUAGAAGUUGGAAAUAAAAAAUUGAUGGUUGUGAGCUAGUUUACAUAAAGCUACUAAAUCGUUUUUACGCUGGAAACCUCACAACGAAACAAGUUUAGUUCCUUCAAAAUUUUGGUAGGGAAUACAAGAUGAUGAUAUCUUUUAUCAGAGAUCUGUUUUUCGUUUUGAUUAAAAAAAACAGCAUUGUGAUAUGGCACAUAACGUUUAUAUUAGAAAUAAAUAAUUGUUAUCAGAAAUGUUUGCUGCAGUCGUAAGAUGUGAUUGAUAGACCUUACUCAUAGAAUAUACCCGUUGAGUGAGUCCGUAACUGAGAUGACAGAACUUAAAAAAACGAUACGGUAUAAAGCAAAAGUCGUAAUCUUUAAAAUCGAUCUUAGAUGAAAAAAAUGCUUGUAUUGCAGUCAAUGUAAACAGGGUCUUAUUGUAUCAAUGAGUGAAUAAAAAAGUCACGUAAAUAAAAACGUUUUACAAUGACGAUGCUGAAAAAGCAGCCACAUGCCAAUUAGCCUUCGACUCGACAGAAGCUUUUUUCAAAUUCUAUUUAUAUUUACGACAGUACAAAUAUUAUGGAUGUUGUGAGCAAAAAAUGAAAAUAUUGUGUUCGCGAUUACACGAUGUAUAUAAAAUAAGAUGACUAAUUUUUUUAAUUUUAAGAUAUACAGAAAAUAAAGUUAUUCUUAUCUAAGCAAAACGAACUAGAGAAUUAUGUUAAUUGUGAUUGAAUAUUAAAGUGUUGAACUA